AUGGCGACUCCAAGAAUCAUUCGACUCGGCAUAUUGGUUCCGUCAUCUAACACAGCAUUGGAGCCACUUACUUUCAGUAUGAUAAACGAUAUCAACAUAGCUCUUUCUACCAGUACAAAUCCAGUCAAAAUAACUGUACACUUUUCCCGCUUCCCGGUCACUAAGAUCUCCCUCGAUCCAUCCGGCCUUGCACAAUUCGAUCUUCCUCCUAUACUUGCGGCAGCUACCCUCCUCGCGCAUGCCCAAGUCGAUGUCAUAGGCUGGUCUGGUACAUCUGCAGGCUGGCUAGGAUUCGACCGUGAUGAGCUGUUAUGCAACGAGAUCGAAAAGGCGACAGGCAUAAAAGCAACAAGUAGUAUUGUAGGUCUAAACAAGGCAUUGGAAUUAUGGGGAGUCAAAAAGCUCGCUCUUGUCACCCCGUACUUGGAUGACGUACAAGAAAAGAUCAUACAAAAUUACAAGGCGAUUGGUGUUGAGAUUGGAAGCGCAGAAAAGCACCUAAGAAUUGAGAAGAAUUGCGAUAUCGCUGAGGUUUCAGAAGCAGUGCUCGAUGAUUCUCUCGAAGAUGUAAUUGGCGGCAACAAAGUUGAUGCAAUCACUACGUUCUGUACGAAUUUGGUUGCCGCACGCAGGGUCGAGCAUUGGGAAAAGCGACAUCAUGUACCGGUCUUCGAUACCGUGACCACAGUAGUCUGGGAUAUGUUAAAGUUGUGUGAUUUUGAUACCACAAAAAUCAAGGGAUGGGGCCUGUUGUUUCAAAGAUGA